ACUUUGCAACUUGCAAAUUGUUGUAGGCAUUUUCUUUUUUUUUGGUUAGUCCAGUUGUCGUAUGCUUCUCUCUCUCCAUUCGAGUACCCUUUUUUCCUUUUUGUGGGUGGCAAAAGGUUCUUUCUUGAUGUGCCCUCGCAAAUCUCGAAAACUCUAAACCCAAUUCUGAUUUCUUUCUUUCUUACCCUUUUCCAAGUUUUAUACCGUGGAGGAAGCUUUUCCAGUUUUCUGUGCAAGUCAUUAAGUCAAUCUCUUUCCAUGUUAAACCGCGUUUGAUGGUUCGUUGACCUCUAUGUGAGUCUUUUAUAUACUCCUUCUCUGGGCCAGAAAGGACAGUGUUUUGUUUGAUUUAAGUUGAGCCAUGUGAUCUUAAAGGAAGAAUCAUAUCUCAAUUUCUUAGAAUAAGUUCGGAUGUUAAUUGAACCAUGCAGCUAUAUCACCAUCCGUACUCUUUGAACAGCCAAAGAGUGAGACUGGCUUUGGAAGAGAAAGGCAUUGAUUACACAUCCCACCAUGUCAAUCCUAUCACAGGCAAGAACAUGGACGCCUCCUUCUUUAGGAUGAAUCCUAGUGCCAAAAUCCCUGUCUUUCAGAAUGGCUCCCACGUCAUCUUUGAUACUAUCGAGAUAAUACAGUACGUAGAGAGAAUCGCAUUGGUAUCUUUAGGCGCUGAUAACAUCAUGUGCAGCAGCAGAGAAGUCAUUGAAUGGAUGCAGAAGAUACAAGAAUGGAAGCCUAAGUUUUUCACACUGGUCCACAUUCCAAAGAAGUAUCGACAAUAUGUUUCAAAGUUCAUUAGACGAGUAAUUAUUGCUCGCAUGGCUGAAUCUCCAGAUCUUGCAGGUGCUUACCAUUCCAAGUUAAGAGAAGCCUACGAGACAGAAGAUAAAAUGAAAAAUCUAGAUAUUUCAUCUCAGGACAAGGAACAUCUAAUUAGACUUCUUGAUGAGAUCGAAACACAGUUGAAUGAAACAGCUUUUUUAGCAGGAGAAGAAUUUACCAUGGCAGAUGUGAUGCUUAUUCCAGUGCUUGCUCGCUUAGUGCUCUUGAAUUUGGAGGAAGAGUACAUAGCAAGCAGGCCAAACAUUGCUGAGUAUUGGAUUUUGGUUCAGCAGAGGCCUAGUUACAAGAAGGUAAUUGGGAAAUACUUUAAUGGAUGGAGGAAGUACAUGACAUUAAUGAAAACCUGGGGCUUUGUUCGUCUCAGAACUGUUAUGAAGAGAUUUUGAUGCAAGUGUACAAACACACACACACACAUAUUUAUUGAUUGAGGUUGAAUAAAGUCAAAGAAAAGGAGCAAUUUUUAUGUACGUAUUGGUCUUUUUUUUCUUUCUUUCUCUUCCUGCAUUUUCUUCUUCAUUUUACUUGGAGAAGAUGCGUUGAGUGGAAAUAUAUCUUGAAUAUUGAUACAUGAUAUUAAAUAAAACUACAAAGAUUAGCAUGUGUAAAA